UUUCAUGUAACACUGACAUGGUGCUGCUCAUCCUCCUCAUCUUUCUACAUUUUCUGGAAGUUCAGCCUCAAAGUUUGCCGCAGGCCAAGCUGACAAUAUUUCCAACAUUUGCUACUGAUGAAGAAGAGGUGCAGAUGGUCUGUGGAGGUCAUGAGAAUCAGCACAUGUCUGAGUGCACGUUUUACCCUGCCGGACAGGAGAACUUUAUAAAACCAAGUGCAUCGUGUAACUUCUUCAUUACCGUUGCCGAUCUAAUCGCAUGGUCACAAGAUCAAGAGAGUUCAUAUGUCAACAUAUCCUGCUACUAUACUGUGCAUAGCUUAGGAGAAAACACAACAUCACCUCAUUCUGACAUAGUCUCAGUAAGGAUCAGAGUAGCUUUGGCUAUAACAUCCAGUACUGAAAUCAUAACAGAUCCGAUAACCGCAUCCUUGGAAUCGACUAUGCUUACUGAUAUUACAGAACAUGCAUCAGCUUUGACUGUAACAUCCAGUACUGAAAAUACAACGGAUCUAAUAACCAAUAUGUCCAGUCUAACUACCAGUGACAGCAAUAUUUUAACAGAUCCUGCAAAUGUUUUCCCGGGGAUGACUGAAGCCCCUGAAAUCAAAAAGUACUCAAAAAUGUUUUUCUUCUUUGCUGUGGUUGCAACUAGUGGAGGAAUUGUACUAACUGUAGUUCUGGGCUCCUGUUUGUACGGAUGUACACGAAAGUCAAAGACAGAGAGGAUUUGGAUCAAAUCCAACAGCAAAAAACAUGGACCUUCUUUACCAAUGGCCAGUUCAGACUCAUCUGGAGAGGGAGAUGCAUUGCUUUACACAACCAUCAACUUCAUACAAUUCCCAUAACCACCAGGAAACAGUGAAGAAUCAGUGCAAACUGAGGUAGAACCGAAUCAUUUGUAUUACACCCUCCUCACCAAACCGACCAUUUUCAGUAACAACAGGACUCUUUACAGUCAGCUGAAGGUCCGCUGAGAGAAUACAACUCUGCCUGACCAGAACUGAUCUGUCUUAAU